CCAGCUGUUCGAAGUCAAAGUGACAGAAGCGCGCUUUGAGGAUUUCUCAACGUCACGCGAUGACGCGUCUGGCAAAGCGUGAUUGUGUUUCAGCUUUGACGCUUUUCUUGACAAACGUAAGAAAACGUAAUGAAGCCACCAUCUGUCAAAAAAAAGUUCAACUUGGUUGAACUUUUGCGCGCUUUCUGACGUUUCUCAUUCAUAAUUUCAUUUGAAUUUCAAUUUUCAAAAAGUCUGUUUCUGUGUUUCUAAUUUGUGUUUUAAUUUGUAAUCGGUGCUUUUUAAUUUAUAAAAUGGAAAAUUUAAAUGUGAUUUUUGAAGAACAACUAAUUGCUCUGAUCAAGGACAAAGAGUUCCUUUAUAAUACGAAGCUUAAGGAGUAUAAAAACGUUAAUCAGCGGAACAUGGCGUGGGACGCAAUAGCAAAGGAGUUGGGGAGAACAGUUGGUGAAUGUCGGCAGCCUUGGAAAAGUUUGAGGGACCGCUUCAUAAAGGAAAAACGAAAAAUGGAAGCUCCUUCGGGAAGCGCUGCCGACCAAGGAGCUGUUUGGGAGUUUUUCGACUCCCUUCAGUUCCUUUCAGACUCAAUCCAAACAAGAAGACAAAUCGGAAACUUUUGCUCCGCGCCGGAGACCCCAGAUUCCCAAUCGCCAUUGUUGGGGGAAGGAGGCUUUUUUGGAGAGGAGUUCGAACGGACUCCUACUCCAAAAAACUCCCGAAAGUGGCGGCGAAGCAGCGACUUCAACACAUUUUUUGGGGGCAUCCAGAAGAUAGUGAUGGAACUGGCAACUCCCUCGUCAAUAGCCUCAACUCCAAGAGAUAUUGACGAGGAGUUCAUGGUGAACAUGGCCCGACGGAUGCAGCCACUAAAUGUUGCCGCCAAAAUGCGGUUGCAAACAAAAAUUAUGGAGGAGAUAAACAAAGAGCUCCUUGCCAAUCUUGAGCAAUAAAAUUUUAUAUUUGUUACAUA